AUGGAAGACGAAUCGAUAAGGAUGAAUACAGCAGCUGUGACAAUUUCAGUAGUUGGAGUGGUGUCUUCAUUGUUCACAUGCUUCAUGAAUAUGUAUUUGUUGAAAACUUUCAAGAAAAAGAAGCAAGACAUGGUUCUGUUCUACUACCGGUUUGCUCUUGAUGUGAUUCUCGGCGCACUCGUCACUUCAUUUCUUGCAUUCGUCGUUUUAUAUUCAUUUUUCUCGGAGCAACUUUCCCAAUAUCAGAACUUUAUAUUCUACCUGUCAUUGCCUUCUUCGAAUGUUGGAGCUAUAAGGCUGCCUACAUCCCUAUAUUAUAUCAUAACUAUCGCCGACUAUGCCCAACUUUUGUAA